CAAAGCUGCCUUUUCAAGGAGCUCAGAUACCUUCCUUUGAGUUGCAAUACUAGGAAGGAAUGCUGGAGCCCAGUUCUCGCCACCAAGUCUUUUACCUGGGCACCAACUAAAGACACCUAAGCUGGACCCUCAAAAGCACCCUGCUUGCUGGGAAAAGAGGAACACGAGUGGAUGGUUGAAGUUACUUGGUAGUGGGCCCACUUUGACUCUUGGGUUAUAUACCUGGACUCUAAGGUUCUCUGCUCAUUAAGCUCCUGGUAUAUGACUGCAUUUCAACCUAAAAGCUGGGCAUUGGCACAGAUUGCCCUGCUGAGAAAUGGCUGUCUUUCUAGGCUGCCUGGCUACCGCUGGGUGCAGAGCUGAGCAUGAGCCACAUUGCCCAGCAACCUCUGUGCGCAAGGGCACUUGCUGGGAACAAUGUUGCUUCCCUAUUCUUGUGGAAUUGAGAUGCGGAUCACUGGCUGCUUUGACAACACAAGAGGUCUCUAGGCAGGACUUAGGAGCUCGGAAUAGGACAACAACCCCUUACGUCCAACCUUCUAGUCUGGUGUGAGUGUGGACUUCAUUCCCUGCUCAAUCCCCAUGCACAUUGUCUGUCUGGAAAGUGGCAUUGCAUGAACUUGCCAUUUGCAUGGUCUCCGGCAGUCCCAUCCCUUUGUCAUGAUGCCCUAUGCCCUUCCUGCUUAUUUCACUUGUAUAUCUCCUGCUGAACCAGAUUACUUCUCUGCUUCCUCAAUGUCCACCAUUAAAGCAGUGCUUGCACACACAUGCCCUUCUGAUAGCCUAUGUGUGUGGAUGUAUUACAGUGAUUGAGAUAUUAAAUUCUUAUAGAAUUUAUUUCCCGGCAGCAAAAUAGUCACUGGUCACAAAACAUUUUACUAUAUGAAUUUAAUGUAUCCAAUAAACUAAUUCCAUUAGUGCAAGGAUUUCCAUUUGGGCAAUGGAAUUCUCCCUCCUCCUCCUCCCCACCCCCCAUUUCUUCCCGAAAUCUGCUCCAAAGAGUUGGAGAAAACUUCAGAACAGAUUUAGGGGAAGCUCAAGAAAGCAAGAGAGGGGAGGUUCUAUUCCACAGUCCAAAGUCCUUGCACUAAGAGAACCACUUCUCUGGAUACCACUCAAUAUCUCUGUUUUGUUAGUCCCUGUAAUAAAUAUAUGCUUUAAAUAAUGAAUUGCAUCCUUCCAAGAUCCAGAGAAAUACACACACUCACACACACACACACACACACACACACACACACACAUGCGGCCUUUUGUAUUAUACUAAGGCUGCAGUUCUGGGCACACUUACUUGGGCAAUGGUGACUUUUAUUUGUGAGUAAAAUGCAUAGAAUUGGACAAUAAAAUUGUACGUCGUAGCCAAUGCUGGAUUCUCAACAGAAGUGACUGUCCUGCGAAACACCAUAGCUUGAAAGGCCUCACACCAACCAUACUCAGAGGGACCUGUACAGAUCUGUAUAACAUAUCCUUUCACGGGACUGCACCCGCAUACAUCAUCAUUGCUGGCUACAACAAGAAACAUCAUGCAGUAGUCUCAGGCUGUUUGAAAGAUCAGAGCCUGCCUUUUGGAGCUCUGACAUCACAGUUAUAUGUGAGCACUCCUUAUUAUGCACCUUGAGAUCUCUAAGCAGAAACAUCUGUGACUGUCGCCCUUUACUGUACACAUUGCUCAGUGGCAGAAGGGUGAUAUCCAGGCUCUGGUUUCCACAAAAACGGGCUAAGACUACAAUGAGGAAGCCCAAAACAAGGUAAGAAACUUCUUUUCUAAGUCACCUGCUUUCACAUUAGCUUUGAAUUUAGUUUAGAUCCAGUACACAGUCCAAAGCAGCUUGCACCCACUAUGGUGAUGCCAUCUACACUUACUGGCUGGGAAAGCCAAACCUAUCAGUCCCAAUUCAGCUUCAUUCUUAUUCUCAUUGUCAUGACAUCAUACUCGGUGUAGAGAGGCACGAACAUUUCCAGACUAUGGAGAAACGCAGACUCCAGCCAUCCAGAAUCUAGAGCCAUGAGUGGAUACCAAGAGAAGCUUCACCUCCAUGAAGCAUUUAUGCACCCCAACACACCCAUGGUUCGUCACUGGUGUUUCACCUUUCCUCACUGAAGCCCUGGAAUCUCGCUGUAGAAGGUUAUCGGUAGAAAAACCGAUGAUGCCAUGCGCUCCUUCGCAGAGAAGGUCUUUGCCUCAGAGGUGAAGGAUGAAGGGGGCCGGCACGAAAUCUCUCCCUUUGAUGUGGAAGAUGUCUGCCCCAUAUCACAUCACGAAAUGCAACAGCAUAUGAUCAAGGAGGAGGAGAGUUCAAGUGACACUGGGAAAAAGAAGAAGAGGCUCUUGCGGCUGAAGACCAUUGCGCUGCUUGUUCCAACUGCGGGAAAGUCUUCGACCAAACUGUCCACCUUAGAUGAGGUCAUGUCCAGCAGCGCUCUGUAUCAAGCCGUUCCCAGAUUCCAGCGUGUUCAGAUCACGGGCGACUAUGCUGCAGGGGUGACAGUGGAGGAUUUUGAAGUGGUCUGCGGAGGCCUGUACCGUGCCCUGUGUAUCCGGGAGAAGUACAUGCACAAGUCUUUCCAGCGUUUCCCCAAGACUCCCUCCCAGUUCUUGCGCACUAUUGAAAGUGAGGUGUGGAAGCCAAAUGACGACCUGCUUCCAGUGUUCUCUCCCCCUGUGAAGAAAGAUGAAGAUCCCUUCCAGUCUGACAACUUGCCCGAGAAUCUGGGCUACCAUGUGGAAAUGAAAGAAGGUGUGGUCUACAUCUAUGCUGACAAAGCUGCUGCUGCCAGGGGUGAGCCCAAGGACCUGCCCUACCCAAACCUGGAUGUCUUCAUUGAUGACAUGAACUUCCUGCUGGCCCUUAUAGCUCAGGGACCUGUCAAAACCUACACACACCGACGCCUUCGGUUCCUCUCCUCCAAGUUCAGUGUGCAUGAGAUGCUGAAUGAGAUGGAAGAGAUGAAGGAGCUGAAGAACAACCCCCACCGGGACUUCUAUAAUUGCCGUAAGAUCGACACGCACAUCCAUGCUGCAGCUUGCAUGAACCAGAAGCACUUGCUGCGAUUCAUUAAGAAGUCUUUCCGGGAAAAUGCUGAAAGGGUUGUGUACAAAUCCAAGGACAAGACCUUGACGCUCAAGCAGCUCUUUGAGCAGCUCAACCUUGACCCUUAUGACCUGACUGUGGACUCCCUUGAUGUCCACGCAGGCCGGCAGACCUUCCAGCGCUUUGACAAGUUCAACGCCAAGUAUAACCCGGUGGGUGCCAGUGAGCUGCGUGAUCUCUACCUCAAGUCUGAAAAUGCCAUCAAUGGUGAAUACUUUGCCACCAUCAUCAAGGAGGUUGGCUCUGACCUGGAAGAUGCCAAGUACCAGUACGCAGAGCCACGGCUCUCCAUCUAUGGGCGUUCACCGGAAGAGUGGCCAAAAUUAGCCAACUGGUUCAACACACACCGUGUUUAUUCACCCAAUAUGAAGUGGAUGAUCCAAGUGCCCAGAAUCUAUGAUGUGUUCAGGUCAAAGAACUUUUUGCCGCACUUUGGGAAGAUGCUGGAGAACAUUUUUGUGCCGAUAUUUCAGGCGACAAUCAACCCACAGGACAACAAGGAGCUGAGUGUGUUUCUGCGCCAUAUUACUGGUUUUGACAGUGUGGAUGAUGAGUCCAAGCACAGUGGACAUAUGUUUUGCACCAAGAGCCCCAAGCCGGAGGAGUGGUCCCAUGAGAAGAACCCCUCCUACACAUACUACUUGUACUACAUGUAUGCCAACAUCAUGGUCCUCAAUCAUCUCCGACGGGAACGCGGAAUGAACACUUUUCUGUUUCGUCCUCACUGUGGAGAAGCUGGUGCUAUCACCCACCUGCUGGCUGCCUUCAUGACUGCAGAUAAUAUCUCCCAUGGUCUGAACCUCAAGAAGAGUCCUGUGCUGCAGUAUCUGUACUUCCUGGCCCAGAUCCCCAUUGCCAUGUCCCCACUCAGCAACAACAGCCUCUUCCUAGAAUAUGCCAAGAACCCACUUCUUGAUUUCCACCAGAAGGGCUUGAUGGUGUCUCUAUCCACCGAUGACCCUAUGCAGUUCCACUACACCAAGGAGCCUCUCAUGGAAGAAUAUGCCAUUGCUGCCCAGGUCUUCAAGCUCAGCACCUGUGACAUGUGUGAGAUUGCACGCUACAGUGUUCUGCAAUCUGGCUUGUCUCAUGAGGAAAAGCUCCAUAUUCUGGGAAAGAACUACCAAGAAGAGGGGCCUCAGGGCAAUGACAUCCGCAAGACCAACGUGGCUCAGAUCCGCAUGGCCUACCGCUAUGAGACGUGGUGCUAUGAGCUCGAUCUUAUAGCCGAAGGGCUGAAAAGUAUUGAAUAGAACCAUAUAGCAGGCUUGAGUAGUGAAAUCAGCAGUGCCAUUCAACGCCAGGCAACUGUAGAGGUUGGAGAGUGAGGGAUUAUUGGCCCCAACACUGUUGUUUCAGAUUACAUACGGUCUAAAAGAAAA